CAUUUUAGACAUUUAAAUCCGUCUUUGUGCUCAAUUUCUACAUUUCACAGGUAUUUAAUGUUAUAUUUGUCCGUGUGGUUACGCUCCCGAAUGCCCCGUCAUUUAAAAAUUGACUAACUUCGCUAGUUUACCGCACUCUCCAGGCUCGUCGCAUUUCGAAAUAAGAGCACUUUGUUAUUAACCGUAUCAGCGCGAUCAUAUCCGAGAAAUCAAAACAAAAGAGAAAGUAAAUGGUUUCAAGGUUAAUUCUUCUCAAUGUACAAGUAUAAUUAUAGGAUCAGAAUGAUUCACAAUUAAAUUGAUAUAUCAGUAAUGGUUCAACCGAACGUAGCUGAUUUGCGCGGUUAGCAGUAGGGCAGUUAGCCAUGGAACUGAGGAACUUUUAUUUUCAUAACGUAAACUACAUCUACGGGUCGGCUACACAAGUUUCGAUGAGAGGAAUGUUGCGGUUGUAAUUUUGUAUUAAUUUCAAUCACUUAAUUUAAUCCCAACAGAACACCUGAUACACACUUUCAACCAAACAAUAACAUUAUUAUAAAGGUUUGACCCGGCGUGACCCCGGAAGCAGUAAUGUCACAGCUGGCCCACAGUGAGCACCUGUUGGAGCAGCUGCGUUGGCAGCGGGAAAGCAACGUUCUGUGUGACAUCACGGUCGUCGUGGGCGACACGCUGUUCCGAGCGCACCGUAAUGUCCUGGCGGCGUUCAGCGGGUUCUUCUCCGCACUGCCUGACAGAGGUCACCUGGUUACGACCCUUAACCCUGAGUUUGUCAGUGAGCAGGCCCUGUACACCCUGCUGAAAUACAUAUAUUCUGGAGAACUACACACUGACAAUGAGGGGUCGGAGGCCGUGCUGAGAGCGGCAGUGUUCCUGGGGAUGAGGGAGGCAGAGCGUCACCUGAAAGACAAGACCGACAUCCAACAGGAGACGAGGAUAGAGUCAGCCCCACCCACCCCCUCCCCCCAUUGCUUACCCUCACCCCCCAGCCCAGAGGCAUUUCAACCCUUGUCCUGCGUUUCUGGAGGGGGCUUGGUAGAGAGGGAGGAGGAGAGGGAAGGAGAGAAGGGGGAGGAAGAAGAGCGGGGAGAUCCAGAGUACACCCCUCCCUCCCCAACAUCCCCCCGAAGAGGAGCGAGGAAGAGGAAGGGAAGAAAGCCCAAGGCCACACCUCACAACCAGACCUCACCUGGAAACCAAACCUUGCCUAGCAACCCAACAUCACCUAGCCAUGACGACACCCAAGAUGACGCAACAGUCCCCCAGCUUCAGAGGGGGAGAGGCGGGGGAAGAGGGAGAGGGAGAGGCAGGGGAAGGGGGAGGGGAGGAGGAAUGAGGAGGGAUCUGUUGUUAAAAGAGUCAGACCUUCAGAUCGUUGAGGAGAAUGAGACAGACUUCAGCCCUUCGUCAUUGAGACCUGUCAAGAGGCAAAGGAGGAGCAGUGGAGAGAGGAGAGGAGUGAAGAGAGGGAGAGGCAGAGGAAGAGGGAAACUGAAGGAGAACAGAUCGAGCGAUGGAGAGGGAGAUGAGGGGAAGGCUGGGUUGAAGAGCCAACAGGUGAAAGAGAAGCCGGUGUGUGCUGAGUGUAACAAAGAGUUCUCUGAGAUCAGUAGUCUGAAGAGACACAUGAGGAUCCAUAAAGGAGUGAAACCUUUCCAGUGUCUCUUCUGUCCCCGAGCCUUCACACAGGGAAACCAGCUCAAGACUCACCUCCGUAUACACACAGGAGAGAAGCCGUUUGCCUGUUCUCAGUGUGACAAGGGUUUUGCCCAGAAGUGUCAGUUGGUGGCUCACUGUCGAAUGUACCACGGAGAAGAGAAACCUUACACCUGUGAACAAUGUGGGCUGCAGUUCGCUACCUCAUCUAACUACAAGAUACACUGCAGGAAGCACAGUGGAGAGAAGCCGUAUGUGUGUGAACAGUGUGGGAAGGGUUUUGCCCAGGCCAGCACUCUGACCUAUCACAUCAGGAUCCACACAGGAGAGAAACCUUACCAAUGUGACGCCUGUGGGAUGUCCUUCUCCGUCUCUUCCUCUCUCAUCACACACAAACGCAAACACACAGGUGAAGCUCCACACGAGUGUCUGGUUUGUCAGAAGGCCUUCAUUACCAAACGAGAACUCAACAAACACUCCCGCAUCCACACCGUUCCAGUGGAGGUUCCAGAAGGCGCUCUCCUCCACAACAUUCCUAUCGACCACCAGGGGCUAAUCUCCCGUGAUGCGCCCAGCCCCGUGCACGAGGAGCCAGGCAACCCUGACCCCGAGGAGCCAGGCAACCCUGACCCCGAGGAGCCAGGCAACCCUGAAGCCGAGGAGCCAGGCAACCCUGAAGCCGAGGAGCCAGGCAACCCUGACCCCGAGGAGCCAGGCAACCCUGACCCCGAGGAGCCAGGCAACCCUGACCCAGAGGAGCCAGAUAACCCUGACCCCGAGGAGCCAGGCAACCCUGAGCCCACGACCCCUAAUUUGAGCCCUAACCCUCUCCGUGAUCUAGUGGAACAGCUGCGUACAUCUUCCUCCUCCUCCUCUUCCCCAUUCUCCCACUGCGAUCCAGCCUACCCCGCCGAAGAUAUGGAGCAGAUCAUCAUCAUUAGAACUUUGGACAACGACCCAUGCCCUGACCCCUGACUCAACCAACUCUGACCCCCUCACCCAGACCCUAACAUUACUCUCUCAGGCUUGGAGUGGAUCCACCCUUUUCGACUGGAUCAACGGGACCUACAGGAUCCAAUAUGAAUCUGCUGUAGUGUCAGAUAUAGAACUGUGAAUAGUGGGGAUGUUGACAAAUGUUGAUAUGUCAUGUAUGUAAUUACAUUUACAUUUUAGUCAUGUAGCAGACGCUCUUAUCCAGAGCGACUUAAUGUCGUACUUUUUCGUAAUUCUCUCCAUCUUUUCAUGCAAUCAACUCAUUCAGAUCUAAAAGUUGUUUUUUAAUGUUCAUUACUAGAGAUAGUCAUUGAGGACCUACCCACAGAACAGCCAGGCACACCGUCUGCUGGCUUUGCAUUUCUGUACAUUUCCUGAAUCGUUCUCUGUUCAAUGUGCUGGUUUUAAACCCACAAAUCAGGAACAUGGGGCUUAAUGUCUUAUGGAAGCUAGAAGUAGUAUUGAGAUGGAUGGAUAUUUAUGAAAAGUCAAGGUUUUUAAUUCAACAACUCUGUUCUUUAUUGGGAGGAAUACAUCUCUGAAAUCUG